AUUAUGAGUAACUGCCAACUGGUAGUUUUCCUAGAAUAUGUUUGUAAAACAGUACACGGUUAUAUAAUAUGCCGUCCGAGAGUAAACAACCACCACAACUAGCAAGUGUACUUGGCUUUGAUGACGAGAUUUACUUGUUAUACGACACAGAAUGGAGAUGAGAUGGCCAGUAGAAGGAUAGUGAGGGCCUGACCACUCUGAUUAGAGAGAAUUUUGACUGUAACACCACAACUUAACAACAUGGCUAACGGACAGACCUAUGAAGAAGUUAUGAAGAAGCUGGCCGGAGGUGGACGAAGGCUUGGUGCACAUAACUUUCCUGGAGCAGUAAGACAUGAUGGCAGUCUAAUUAUGACACAGAAUAUGUGGAUAGAAAUAGCCAACACAGAGUCAAAAAGUGCACGUUCCAUGAAGAUACCCAAAGGAAGAGGUAUUGAUACAAUAUUUGUCAUCGACAUCUCGGAAAGCAUGAUGGGUCCGCCAUAUGAAAAAGCAGUAAAUGUUGUGCGAACAUUUCUAGACAUUAUCGAAAAUGUCAACCGCCGGCAUCGCCUGAGUGAAAGUGUUGCCUUGGUAACGGUUGGGCAUAAGACAGAGGUGCUGCACCACCUGACUUGUGACUAUGGGGCUCUGAGGACUCAUCUGGAUUCAAUACAGGUGGGAGGACGUACUCCUGUUAUGGCCGGUCUCUUCAUGGCUCUGUCAGCCAUUAAUGGCCGUGGCUCAAUCACAGUGAUGAAUGGAAGCCACGUCCACCCACGAAUCAUCCUACUUACCGACUCCAAGUUUACAGACUCUGAGUCAACAACUGGUCAAGACAGCAGCUGGUAUGGCCAAGAAGAGAUUAAUGAUGAGAUAUUAAAUCUAGCUGCGAGAUUGGGGGCAGAGCAUCAUCCCAUUCACUGUAUCAAUGUUGGUGAUGUGGAAAACCCUGAGAUUUUACAAAAGAUUGCGGAGGUAUCUGAUGGCAGUGUGACUGGUUGUGACAUGCUAAGUGUGAAAAAAUUGGGUCGACACUUCAAGAACAUGGCUGCAGUGACUCGAAUGCGUAGGAGCUUUUCCCUGAGUUGGAAGAACAGGAGAGAUUUUGAGAGUGUUGUACACAGCUAUGAAAGUGAUGUUGAACAGUCAGACAUAGAUGAUAUGAUGUAUAUACUCCAAUAUAAAUUGACUGACACUGUAGAGGAGGAUGCCGAGUUUUUAGACGGAUCAGCACCUGCUCUGGGCACACGAGUGAUGAGGGGACCUCAGUGGGUCAGUGGUAACCAGGAUGGAGAGGGGCCUGGCACUGUUGUCAGACAUUCACACAAACAAGGCCAUGUGUUUGUAGAAUGGGACUUUACAAGGACUAGAGGAGAGUACAGCUAUCAGGAAGGAAAGAAGCAGAUUGUUACCAGUCAGGUACAGCGAGUCCUAACGGAGGACGACUUGAUUGCAACAGGCUGUCUGGUGUGUCGUGGGGAUGACUGGCAGUGGGGUUUCCAAGAUGGAGGACCAGAAAAUGUUGGGGUUGUGUACGAUGUUCAGCAGAGUGGACUUGUACAUGUACGAUGGCCAAAUGGACAUAGCAAUUGGUACCGGUUUGGGGCCGAAGGAAUGUUUGAUGUUAGGAUAUGGGAGCCGAAUGAGGGUAUAAAUGGUGCUGGAUUUUCACCUACAGUAUUUCAACCCAGACAAGCUUUCUUACCACCAAAGCCAAACAGAACAGAGAUGGUUACUUCCGCCACUACUUUUAAAACAGAGAAACCAGCAGCCAGUGCCACACAGAAGGGUGCUGAACUACCUGAAACGGAUAACCCUAGUCCUGUAGUACCACCCAAUACCCCACCCGGGCCAGAAUCAAAACAUGCCGGUGUAUCGGGAUCGGAUUCAAAUAGGAAACAUGUGCUACCGCCGACUGACACAUCAAUGCCAUCAGCUUCACCUAUCAGUAUGGUGGGGUCCCAAUCUCGCCAACUAGACACCUCUGGGCCGAUGUCACUGAGUGCACAGACGGAUUUGUCUAUCGAUCAUGCAAUGCCCAGAAUAAAUACUGACAUUACUGAACAUUUUGGAACUGAAGCAACACGAACACACUUGAAGACACCAGAUGAACAGCCGAAUACUCCAGGUUUUCCUGUAAAGACCACAGCCACUACAUCAGUAUUGACUCAUGACCUCUCUCCUGAAGAUGCUGCUCAACCUCCACACAACAAGACUUCUGAAACAAACUCUACAUCUGGAGAAACUGCUGAUUCUAAAGAAGAUGAUGUUUUCAGACAGGAUGUUGAAUGGCACUGGUUUCAUAAAAAGAGAAAUCAAUGGGUUCCGUUCUCAGAGGCCAACAUGACUGACCUUGAGAUUGAGAAAAACAAAAAGAGGAAAAAUAGCAGCAAGACUGUCAAGAUUAAUGAUACAUGGUACCGGGUGUUCUUGAAUACCAUGAAGCUACAGAAGGUGAACAGUCGUGAAAGCACACCUGUCCGGCGAGCAAUAAUUCCUAGAGCUAUCAAAGGGAUGAGGAAGGAGAUGGUAGACAAAUAUAUGAAGCUUCUCGCGGAAGGAAGUUACCCUUCCUCCAACAUCCGUCUAAUGGUGGUGGGCAACGAUCGUGUAGGCAAGACCUCACUCUGUCGGAAUAUGCUUAAGGACAGGAAUUUUGGAAAUGUGGAAGGUACAGAUGGUAUUGAAGUAUUCGUGAACAGCUACCAAAUCAAUACCACAACCAAAGAAAAAAAGAAGCUCAUGGGAGAAACAGAACACGUGGUUGCCAUGCAGAAACUAGCAUGUGCAACUGUGUACGGGAAAUCCAAGAAAGAGAAGGAGGAGGAUAUAGAGAUGGAUGAAGGAACGAGACCAACUGAAGAGACAGAUUCAGUGCCUCAUUUUCCUCAAACUGUGUCCAUGGACCUACCAGAGACUCCACCUAUGACCUUUACCCCUACUGCUGAAUUGGAAAAUAGAAUUGAGCAGAUAAACAUAAACCAGCCUAUCGAAAUUUCCAAGACUGCCCAUACAACCAGAAGUAACUAUGUUGUAUCCAAGAAGACUGGAGAGAUCACCAUCCCCGACUAUGUAAAGAGGGAUGUCGACAUAAUCCUAGACGAAGCAGACAAGCUCAGGUCGGCAAAACAGGAGGAUAUUGCAUACCUGUCUAUGUGGGAUUUUGGCGGAGAGAAAAUUUUCUAUGACACUCACCACAUCUUUCUCAGCAAAGAUGCAGUUUAUCUCCUUUGUUUCAAUGUCAAGAAAUGCCAAGAGGACUGUGAUUUUGAACCAAUCCUGUUCUGGCUCCGUUCCAUCGCCACUUACUCCGAAUGCAGUGGAAAGUCAAGGGGACCGCCUGUUAUUCUGAUCGGUACACAUACAGACGAGUUGGAAGGAACAGAAGAAGAAAAACAGAGCAAAUUUGAAAAGAUUUGUGCCAGAAUCACUUCCAAUCCUGAUGUUCAACCCAUCAAAAGCCAGAUAAUGAACUACUUUUGUGUAGACAACACCAAGGAAGGUGAUGAGAAGUUUGACAACAUCCUAGAUGCUGUUUUAGGAGCUGCCCCACAUCAGUCACAAUGGAAGAUGGAUAUCCCCACAAAAUGGCUGGCACUUGAGCGUGAAAUCAUGAAAAUUAAGAGAGAGAGGGUUAAAACUUUUGAGGAAAUUGUUGAGCUGAAUAAGAAAAUGGAAGUACCAAUAGAGGAUGAAGAGGAAAUUCGAAUGUUCCUAAGGUACUUGCACCUGAUGGGAUACAUCAUGUACUUUGAUGAGGAUGUGGGCCUCGAUGGUCCUCAUCGCUAUAGAGAUCUCGCAAUCAUCAUUGACCCACAAUGGGUCAUCUACGCCUUCCGCAGACUCAUCACAAACCCCAAGAAUAUAGAAGGCAGGGGCUGCAAUAGAAUGGUGUUAUGGAACAGUUAUGUGAAGGAUGGCCACCUGACCACACCACUUAUUGAUGAAUUGUGGAACAAACAGAAGGAGAAGGGAGAGACAGACAAGGAAAACUUCCUCCCCUAUAAAGACCUCCUGCUGACAGUUAUGGAGAGAUUGGGACUCCUAGCACCUCCUGUUUCAAACAAAUCCCACACAGACAAUCCUGACAAUGUAGACUAUUACAUUGUUCCAAGCAUGCUGGAAGAUGUUGAUCCAAAUUGGGUAAAAGACCUUGUCGAAGGGGAAUGCUUCCUAAAGACACCAACACUACGUCUGACAUUAGGACAGCAGUUCAUUUCACUACCUGUAUUCCAUAAACUGUUGGCUGUUUGUUUGGCUAAAUUUAAACUGCCAACAAGCUUGGUCCUUCCAAAGCAAAGGGAAGACGACUUCAGCCCAUCAGAUUGCAUCAAGAAAGGUUUUGGCUGUUUAAAUGUGUCUGGAGCCUGGAAAGUUAUUUUGGCAUACAGUAACUCUGCCAUUAACAUCACACUAUUCACUUACAACGAUGACGAAUCUGUGGUACGAGCUGGGGUUGGAGUCUCUGUGCGCCAAUUUCUUCAAGACACUUUAGUUGAUGUCCUCAGACUGCAGGGACAAAAUACAGAGAAUCUGACUGUCAAGUAUUGUUUUGGUUUUGACAUCUUAAACGGAAAUCGACAAGGGGACUUUGCAUCCAAGGAGGAGAUUGAAAGUCUAAAAGAAAUAGAAAAAAUCUUCAUACAAACCAGAUAUCUGAGAAAAGCUGACAGUAAACUGUGGUUCUGUACCGACGCAGAAAUGGAUGAGCCUAUCCCAGUGGCCAAAUUCCUACCAUUAAAGAAGCAGAGACUUAUCCCGGAGAGAUCGCACCUGAUCAGGAUUAGUAAGUUUGUGUGUCUUAAGGGUGACCGAGAGAAGGAGUGCUUUGGUUUUGGGCUGGGACUUGAGAAAAAUCACAUCGACACCAUCCUGAGUGACUACCAGGGCACAGAAGAACAGGCAUACAGGAUAUUGUUGAAGUGGAAGGAAGUACACAGCAAGGGCACAAUUGGUGACAUCAUCAAGGCAUUGAGAAAGUAUGAACUAGACUGUGGAUUUUUCUACAAAAAAGGGAAAGUAUUUGAUUGAAUGGUGGUUCAAAUCACAAUAUAUAGUUCAAUAUUGUGUUACUAAAACCACUUCUCCAGCAGGAUUCAGGUUUCAAUAGAGGAAUCAGAUACAUGUAACAUGACUUCAUGUAUGAUUCACCGAUCUGUGACUGAAAUGACCCAUUCUGAUUGUACUAGUCACAAGUGAAUUGUAUUCUGAUUGGUUAGUUUAUUGGUUUAUCAAAUGCUGAUUGGCCAAUUCACAACUGGUAACUAUGGUAACCUAUUCAGAUCAGACCAGUCACAAGUGGUUUUGUAGUCAAACAUGGCAAUACAUUCAUCAGAGAGUAACACAAUCUGAUUGGACAAGUUAUACCAUGUGACUAAUUAUAUCAUAACCUGAAGAGCAGCAGCAUUCAAUGAAGUGGUGGAUUCAGUGUUACAUAACCUUGACAAAAUGGUGGCGAAGAUAUUGUGAGCUCUGACACAUGAUCAUUGUUGUGAACAGAUAUGUGUGACAAUAGUAUGCACAUCCACUCAAAUGUAAAGUUGUUGUGAUUGGCUCUCAGUUUUACGAGGGUUAAAAUGUAUCUGCAUUUAAUCUUAGACCAUCAUCAUAUUAACUAGACUGGCAAUUUAACAUCCUUCACAAUGAAUACAAAUAGGAUAUAUCAUUGUGUAUAUGCCAAACUUAAUGUGUGGAGCUAAAGGUGUGUUUUCACAAAAGUGGGCUUUCUGAACGAGUAUUGAUCAAAGGAUGCUGGGCCAGUAUGAGAGUACCUUGAAUGUGAAACAUUCAUGUCAUAAGGAAUUCUGCUGAAUUUCCAUCUACUGUAAUAGCUUAAGUUGAGAAUUAAAAAAAAAAGUUUUACUCUAAAUCUAACUUUUUUAAAGUUUUCUAAAGAAAUCUUUAAAAGAUUAUGGAUUAAGACAUGUGAUGUAAAAUUAGAUACCAUGAUAGUAUAUCGCUAUAUAGAAGCAAUAUUUGAUGACAGCAUACCUAUGAAUAGGCACUGUUUUCAGGUGACCAGGUGAUGGUACAUGUGAUGGAUAUAGAUCCUUAAUGUCAUGUUUUGUUAAUUGCAAGAAGAUUUACCAAAGAAAAAGAACUUAUUAAGUUGUAAUAUAUUAGUAGAUAUCAUUCAGCAAGCUUUAGUUGGAGAGACAUCAGGCAUGCUAAUUUGCAUACAAGGUGGAGGAAAUGUACUCUCAUUUGAGUUUGGAGAACAGUGUAUUUUUCUCUGCUUUUCAAUAAAUUUCUGAAGCCGAAUUUCAUGAGCUAUAACUGUAAUUGGUGAGUUUAAAGAGUGAACAGGGUAUAUAUAGAGGUUACACAACGAGUGGUUGUUGGAUAUGGAAUUUAUUUCACACGAGUAAGUUAUUUUUUUAAAGUUACAAAA